GAAGUAUUCUAGAUUCCUGUUAUUAACAUUUUAUGUGAUGUGUAAUCAUGAAGCCCGUCUCACGGCCAAAACCAUUGCAAGCCUUGCUUUAGUUUAUGCCAUGGCUUUGUUUCUACAACAAUCACUGCAACUUUGAUUCCAGCUAAAUUAGUCAAGAUGGUGAGAGGAAAAUAAAAGAGCAGACAGCGAGAGAACCGACCAAUAACAGCUGGAUUCAUAAUGGAUGUUAAAACUGUAUUAAACUGAUUUGAAUAAGGAAUCUGUUAUGGGCCGCCAAGCAGAAUAGCAUAGGAUUGAGUUUUACCAACCUGGCUUUGGAUUCGUAAAACAUUUGCUUUGCAGAACUUCGCCACGUGCCAGCCAUUUGACAGUAUCUCAUCCAUUUAUGUUUUAGAACUCCACAAAGUUCAAAAUAUUGGAAAGAAUGAAACAAGAAAAACACUUUCUGGACAAAAUGUAACAUUUUAGCUUGGGGAUUGAUAUUAAGAUCAAAAACAGACCCCCUGUUCAUGAAACAAGUUCUACUUGAGUUAAAUGUAACAGCCUUUUUAUCUCUGUUAGCAUUUCCCAAAAGUGUAUUUACCCAUGUGGCAAUGAUGUGCUAAAUUCCAAUUUUUUUUUUUUUUUUUUAGCAUUAACCAGACCCUCAGAUUACUCAUAAAGUGUCUAUAAACACUUAUUUAACUGGUUUUGUGCAUUGCUAAACGAAUGUACAUGAUCAAAAUAUUUAAAGAUUAAAAUUUUUAAACAAAACACUGAGUCAUGCUAGAACUGCUGACUCUUCAUUUAUUGUAAUCCCAUCCCUCUUAUCAUCGGUCCUCCUCCAAGAUCCCAAUGGGAGCGUGUGACCAAGAGAAAACAGAGCUCUUCUGGCAGUGAGUGCUUAGGCACAUAUGGAGCUUAUUGCACACCAGUCACUGCUGCCACGAUCCCACCAUUGCAUCUCUCACUUGCUUGACCUCGAACACACAUGUUCCAGGAAGCUGAGUGUACCUCUGGAUGAUCACUCGCUGGCCUUGCUCCUCUGGACUUACUCUCCUUUUCAUUAGCUUUACAGUUGUAGUUUAGCUGACACGUUUAUCCAAAGCAACUUACAAUACACCUAUUGUUCCCAUAAAGAACCUGAAGUUACAGCCUGAAGUAAGUGUUUUGCUCGAGUACACAGUGAUCUUUUGAGUCUACAAGACCAACAUUUCCUUUUGAAGAAACAUGCAGUUAUGUGAUAAGGAGUGAUGACCAUUCUUCCCUGCAGUGUCCUGAAGUGGUGGUAGCUGCUGGUUCUGACUGGGGCUGUUGGUUUGCAUACUGUUUUGUUUUUGACUUUGUCUGUCGCUACCUGUCGCUUGGUUUUCUGGACUAAUUGCAUUUUCUGGAACUAAUCGUUAGCCAGACAUGGAUUUUACAUAUUGGCAAAGGACCCUGCUCACAUUAUCUGCUUGCCAUCUAGCAUCCACAGUUGCACAGUAAGUCUCCAUUCACUAAUAUCCUAUUGCAAAUGUGUCCAUCUGUUUAUCUCCAGCUAUAGAUGUCACUUUUAAUGCUCUCAGUAGACAGCCUCCUAUUAUAAUCAUCUUCAUUCUGCCCUAUUAUUACUCACUGUGAAAUAACUCUGAGUCAUGACAACUUUUGCAGGAAAUCUGGUCCCAUAAUUAAUCUAAGAUCAGCAGACUCAUCCAGACCCCUGUUCAUGUUGUAUUAGGCUCUGAAUAGUUUAAACACUCCUUUCCUCAGUAUUUUACAAAUAAAAUUAAUUAUAUAUUUUUUCCACUUUUAUGCCAAAAGGUCUUUCACAUUCAACCCCUUCCCAAAUGCUCUGAAUAGUUUCUGUCUGGAAGUUAUCUGUUAUUACUUUUUACUUGAAAAAUUGUAUUCUUCCUUUUGCGACAGCUCCACUAAAAUUUAUUUCGCAAACAUGUCUUAGAUCCAUUUGAUUUCAGUAAUUAUUGACCAAUUCAUGAUAUUUCCCACCUGGUCAUACUCCCUUAGAAUUUGUUGGCUUCUUAUAUACAUUUCCUUCAUUUCAGUAAUCACCGUUUCUAGCCAAAUGUGCAAUACUGAGAUGGCUGUCCUCUGAGUUGUCAAUGAUCUCCUCUGUGUAUUCUGGCACCCCUAGUUGUAUAAUGCUUUAUAAUCACCUCACUUUUUGACUAAUCAGUGGGAAAGAGACUCAAAAUACUUGAUUUUGCUCUUACAGAUAAGUGUCAUACAUCAUUCAAAACUGUCUGCAUUCGAAAAGUGUCUGCUUUUAUUUUUAUCAACAAAAUGAUGUGCUUUUGUAAAAUAAAGAAAAAAAAAAGGUGCACUUUCUGUCAUCUCUGUCACCGUGAACUUCUUUCUGAAACACCACAAAAAAAUUCACCAAAAUGCAACAAAUACUACAUGGUCAUUGUCACUUUUUCGCAUUCGACCUUUCUAACACAAAACAUGUUUUAAAAAGUUAAACUCCGUAUAAGGUCAAUUCUUGUUUCUAAACACAUUCUAAAUGUUAGAAAUGCAUUGCUAAAACAUUGCUAAAAAGACUGUGAACUAUGUAGUACUGUUUUGCACCAUUUUAGUGUUUAGAAUAUUUUGGGUGGGGCUAAAAUCAUGACUCGAUGAUGCAGUGGUGCCUCUGAGCAAGACCCCUCCCCUUGCACUAAGAGGUGUGUUCGACUUCAAGCAGCGCCGCGCUGACCAAUACCGUGUGACAUCAACGUACAGUGAGAGCUAUAGUGAGCAGAAUUUGCUUUUGAAUCGCUCUCAUGCUACUUUAUGUCACACACAGAUCGUUCUGCAUAGUAUUGCUUCAAGUCCAACACAGCUAAUAACUACAGUGCAUUAGCAUCAGUGGUUGACAUGCUCAAUCAAAAGAUACUGUCAUUACCGUUAGUAACUACAGCCGAGUUUGCUAGCUAGCUUUGCCUUCGUCACGUAAAUGCAAAAUACCUGGUUGCUAUAAUUUGCAAAACAGCUCAGUCUCCUUAUUGAAACUAAGCUGCUAGAGGAAGCAUCCAUUCAGGCUGACAGUUAAGAGAGAACUUUCCCAUGAGUGGGCAUGGGUUCAACACAGACAGCAGACACUCCCCCAGUGUUUGUGAGCAGUUGUUAAUAACACAUUUUUAUGUGGUGUGACAGACUUCAGUGAAUGAGUGAGCAGGAUGUACUCAAAAGUCCUGUGAAAAAAAUGUUCUGGAUGUUUUGUGGCCUUAUUUUAGUGACUUUAUUUUUUUUUUCACUAACCACACAUAAAUGUUUUCUCCAAAAACACAAAUUUGUACAUACAUGCUGAUACAUACUAUUGCAUCCCAGUUUGCUGAAUAAGGUGUAAUCAGACUUUAGCCUUUAAUAUGUUUAUAAGAAACUGAAAAAAGCAAAAAUGUCUGGUCGUGUCAAAACAUUUCCAUGGUCCAAAAACACCCUCAGACCCCAGAGGCUUGAAAAUUCUUCGUAUUGAAAUAUGCCACCAAAUAUGAAAUAUGUUCUAACUGACUUAAAUACUUGAGGGUUUGUUGAAAGAACAGAAGAAAUCUUGGAAAUUUCAGUUAAAGUGGAUUCAUGGUUCUCAAUAUCUAUGGUUCAUGGUUCUCCAAUCCAGUUUGCUGUGUCCCAAUCCCACAUUAAAUGUGAUGAUAAUCCGCAGAGAAACUAAAGAAAGGAAAGGAAGAUGAACAUCAGUGAUAAAGACAGAGCGAUUUUGCCCUGGACAAGCUAAUGCGAAUCUGUCAUCCGUUUUUGUGAAAAGAAAAGGAAAAAAAAAAGAGACUUUCAGGAACUUCUCCUUAUAGAGAUUCAUCACCUCCUUUAAAAAGUGUCCCGCAGGUGUGUUUCCCUUUUCCAGCUGCUGAGAGAGACAGAAAUAGAAAGUGUGUACAGGAGUGGAGAGUGAAGACUAGACACAGAAGAACUCUGCAGAGGAAAGCUGUUGAUAGACUGAGAGGUGGUAGCACCAGAUGUUUUGAGUAUUUGUAGGAAAAAAAUAAAUAAAAUUGAUGGAAAUUUUAGCAAAGAUAGAAUUGAAUAACCCAAACCACCCCCCACAAAAAGAGAAAAAAAGAAAAAAAAGGUUUCUCAAGCUUGGGACAGUCCUGCCAGCUUCACUUAUCAUUCUGGGCUGGGCUAAGUUCCCUCUCUCUUCAGUAGUUCUCUUCUCUCUUUCGCCCUCUCCUUGCAUUUGAGUGUAAUGAGAGCCAUGCGGUGAGUUGUGGAUGAGCGACGUCAGUUUGUAAGAGUGAGAGGAGCGGGACGGGACGGGACGGGAACACACACACUGAGCUGCUGGGAGUUUCAGUGCUGCUCGCAAGAACGUAGAAUUGGAGUGCCGGGACUGGGGGCUGCGCUGCUCCAUUGCACUCUCUCUAUUUCUUUCUUUGUAUCUCUCUGUCUCUCUCUCCUCUGGGUCUAAACGUGCAGCACAGGAACUGCAGCGGCAGAUAUGAACCUCUCACUUCCCCAGACUUCACAAAAAUAACAUCAAGAUGACAGAUGAGCAUUCCAUCAUUAAGGAAAUAAAGAGAUAAGGAAGAGAGAAAAUAUUCCUGUGCUUUGAACUUCUGCUACCACAUGCCUAUUGAUUUUGACUGGAACACAAUGUGUCCAUGUCACAGCCUGCACAGAUAAGGACCAGCGUGCUAAACUAUCCACACCGGCAUCAUGACUGAAGAGACUAAACAGCCCUUGGCUGCCAAAGAGCUGGAUAAUGAGUCCAAAAAACAGGAUAAGGGGACUGUGGAGCAUAAAAGCUUAAAAAAGUCCCCUGAGCACUUGCACAAUGUGAGGCUGGAGCCACAGACUGUGAACAAUCUUGCUAAGUUUGCAGAAAAAGAGAGAGACAAUACCCAGCAACGUGAGGCUGUGAUUCGGCCACAGCAGGCUGGAAAGAUUGAUUUUAAGUCACUGCAGAAUCAUUCAUUCAAUAGCAACAGGACGUGGCCCAGUGGUAAAGACAGCCCUCAGUCGCCUAGUGGAAAGAGUCGCAAUAGAGACAAGAGUAAAAAGUCAGGAAAAGGAGAGCGUGGCAACCCGCAGCAGUUGUAUAGACUGAGUAUUACAAACCCACGCUCAAAUCCCACAAUUGGGAUAGCCUAUCCCCAGCAGAAAGUCUCACCUCCAAAGAAGAUUGAGUCCAGCAGAGGUCCUGUCUCAGGCAGCUACCGCUUCCAUGUGCCAAGUAUUCCAGAGCGAGAGGCUGAACUGCAUCAGGAAGACCUACAGUUCAGAUGCUUCCAGGAUGGCUCACCUAACCCUACUUCCCAAAGCUAUACCUCACAGGCUGUUGGCGCCCCCUCUGGAGGACCUGCUCACCAAAAUCCACCACAAAUGCAACAGAAGCCCAGCCCAAUCGAGAGCAAUAGCACACAAUCUGCCAAUGACACUUUAUUCCCUGACUUUCAACUGAGCGAAACAGACACAUGGCAGUCUUCAGAUAGGACUUUCAGAAACAAUAGUUUUGGCCUUAAUUCACUAAAUCCAAACAAUCUUGUGGACUUGAACAAGUCCAAUGCUAGUUUUAUGCCCAUGCCAUUUCAGUAUGGAUACCCACUGUUAGACGAGUCAGCCUCUGAUUCCUUUCCCUGUGAUCGAAAUGCUCAAGAUUACAUUGAUGUUUCUCAUAAUUCAUUUUCCUUUCCAUCCUCUGCAGAGGGACACGAGGCCAUGAAAAGUAAUGUACAGUUUGGUAAUGAUCAGGUAGAGGACAGGCAGUCAUACCAGUUACACCCUAAACCACCCCAGUGCAUACAGACACAACAUAGUGUGCCAUCAUCUGUUCCUAGCAAUGAUGAGAGCUCAGUUUCAAGCACUUGCCAAUCAGAGCAGAGUAAAAGUGUUUCAGAUAAAUAUGAUUCUUUGGACAAGAGAGGCUGCCAUCUUAAAAAUGGCACCACCAGCAAGAGAGUUCUUAUUCAAGGCAGUGUUCAUCAUAUUCGCAAUAUUGCACAAGGUUCAAAUUCCCAAAUACACGUAAUUAGCCCUCCACAUAAUGGUAUUCAUGUUAGCCCAGGGUCUCUUGAUAAAAGUGUAAGUAAACAACAUGUCAGGGUAUCACACCCAUGGGAAGGACCAAACAAAGUCUUUCCACCACCACUCAUAGACCAGACUUCUACACCUUACCCCUUUCAGUACCAACCAGCACCAGAACAGAGACCAAACGGCAAUAAUGGCCAUAUGCCUUGGCAGCAGAUACGCUUCACAACGGCAUUGCCAAACCAAAACAGGAUUGAUCUCUCCAGGCAACUGAGCAAUCAACAGCUUACUUUUUUGAUAGGCCCAUCAGACUGGCAAGAUAAUAAGCCACGCAAAAACAGCAACCAGAAAGAUUCUAAUAACUUUCUCAACAAAAAUACAAAUGAGGGCUUCUCAAACCAAAGGCAGGAGAGUGUCAAGCAAGGCUUUAACACAAUUCCACCUUGUCAUUUUACAAACAAGGCAGAUACAAAUCAAGGUCAGGUGGGUGAUGCCAAGAAUAAGUCAUUCUUUGGUAUUAACCCCUCAGUGCCAGUGACAUCACGAAACUGUAGCUACCCUCCGUUACAUGUUGCACCCUUAGGGCUGAAAAUGGUGUCACCCUACGACUCUCCUUCACAUUCACCUACUCAAAAUCCAGCAUCUAGUAGUACAUGUUCAUCACUCUCCCCAGCCUCAACAAACUCUGUCAACAGUAACUCUGAUGACAGCCAAAUUUCAAAGGUUCUGUCCCCUCAGUUUUAUCAGCAGCAACAGGAUAAGGCAUUGAUAUCAUCCAGCAACAUGAACACCAACCAGCAUCACUACCAUUCGGAACCAUCCAGAGGCUUGCACUAUGAACAAGAAAAAACCAAAGAGAACAUUACAAGUUUCAUGCCACAUAACAGGCAUUCAAAGUCCAACAUGGACAAUGGGAAAGGUUGUCUGGAGACCUACAGAACAGAAAACCAUCCUCCACCUUCCUAUUCUGCCCACCAACUCGCAACUUCAUUAGUCUCAGCAAACCUUGACCAACUGGAUGUGCUUUUGACAUGCAAGCAAUGUGAUCAGAAUUUUAAUAACCUUGUCUCUUUUCUUGACCAUAAGCAAUACUGUGGACAGCAUACAUUUGCACAAAAUGAUUUUAAAGAUGUACCAAAAGUGGAAGACAUUAGGAAGUUUCAGACGGACCAGACAAAAGCCAUGUCAUCUGGAUCAAGUUACACAAUUUUGCGGAGUUCUUCAGAUCUGCAUCUGUCUCUACUUGGACUAAACAAGAAUGGGGAAAUAGUGCCAGAUAACGAAACCAAAGGAGAUCCACCUGCACCCCUGCCGGAUUUAGAAAUGGAAGAUCCCAAGUUGGAUAGCCUUAUCACAGAGGCUUUGAAUGGACUAGGCUAUCAGUCAGACAAUGCAGAGAUUGAUAGCAGCUUUAUUGAUGCAUUUGUUGAUGAUGAUCUGACCACUACUAAAUGUGCAUCAACAAGACAGACUUUGACUGCCAAAAACUCCACAACCUUUGAAGGUAGAACAAACAAUGAAUCAAAAUCCAGCGAGGGAUCUCAAGCUCACAGCAAAUAUCCUUUUGACUCAGACUUGGACAGCCUUAGUUCAGACAGCAAACUCACAGACAGCCCUUUCAAAGAAAGCCAACAUGAGUCGAUACAGAAGGAAGUCCUCAAAGCAGAAACCUCUCCAACAGAGUCCCAGUUGCAGGAGUCAAACUGCACACAAAUUGAGUGGGAAACAAGAAAGUCAGAGCAAAGAGAAGAGGAAAAUGAUUACAGUUCUAAGAUCCUUUUAUCAAGCAAGUUUUCUGCAAGAUGUGGACUUAAAAGCUUGCAGAGUAGCACAGCAUUAGUUAAAACAACAUCUACCUGUGCCAGUAAAAGUCCAACAGCUCAGAAACCAAUACCAACAGAAGGAAAAAGGAAGAGGACAGGUGGCGGAAGCUGGAGUAAAGAGCUUAUUCACAAAAUUGUUCAACAAAAGAACAAGUUGCAUAAACUCCAUGUGAAGGGCACCAAAAACAUGGAGUUUUCACUUGUGAUGGAGAGAGUGACUCCUGCAGUUCAGAACCCUACUUUCAGGGAGUAUGAUUACGUUUCUGAUUCAGAUGACGACUGUGAGCCUGUGAAGAUAGCCAGUCAGGGACGUCUGAGCCAAAGCAUCCGUUGCAAGUACACAUACACUAAAGAGUGCAAGGGGAGGAUUCGUGCUGACAAGAGCCGAGAAAGUUCAUGGAAACAAAACAGAAAUGAGGGCUUUGAUCCCAAGAAAGCUUUGGAUGUCUCUCCAUCCUUGAUGAAAGACAACCCUGGUCGCCCAAGGCUCAGAAGACGGAGCAGUAGGUCUUCCACAAGCAGUGAACUGAGCACAUCAAUAAGUGUUUGCAGCGACAGCAUUGGCAGUCCGAAAAGUACUGAUCAUACAGAUUCCGACUCUGAAAAACAAAUAGAAGUACAGAGGAAAGAUCAAAACUCUCUUGAACAGAAUGCAUAUGAAGAAUCACCAGCAAGGAUACGGAAAGAGUCUAGUACAUCACUGGCUUUGACUUUCACAAAAAAUACAAAAAGGUACAGCACUGAUAAGAUACUACUCACUGAGCACAAGGAUCGGUUCACUACUUCAAAAUGUUCAAGCAUUAUCUGUAAGACUGAAGAGACCGCAUCAGAGCAUACAAUGACUAAAAGUACUGUCAGCCUUGCCAGAUUCAAAACCACCAGACUUGAAAUAGAGGAAAAAGCGGACCGCUACGGUUUUGAGGCAGGAAUUAUUGCAACCACAGAAGAGCCAUUCCAAAAAGAUUACCCAAAAAAUAUCACAUCACCAAGAGGGUCUGGUAUAACACCAAAUCCAAUGGAAACCAACAACAAUAGAGAUUCUAGCCAUUUUUUUAAACUAAAAAAAGAUGUUGUUGCAUCAAAGGAUAAAUCUCACAAGAAAAGAACAAGUAGUUCUGAAUUUUCAGCACCCUUUUUUGAGAAAGCCAGCAAUGACAGCAUAUCAAGUGAAGAAACCAGCAGAAGUUCAAAUGAUAUGUUCCCUGACCCUGCACCUCUUUGCAGUUCACUUGUGGACAAAGACUGUUUAUCACCUCCAAAAGUCCAUGAUGCUACAGUACAAAAGAAUGGACAAUGUCUCAUUCCCUAUUCUUCAGAACAUGAUCAGAGUCUAAUAAAAUCGCCCCUUUCUUUUGACACAACAUCGAUGUUUGGUGACCUUUCAGUGGGAGGUUUUGAGAACAAUCUUUAUCCAGAUAUCCAGCUUGCCAAAGAGAGCUUUAGUCCUCUGGAAACCACAGCAGAUAAGAAGGAACUUUUUGAGUCAUCAUUCUCACCAUUCUUAGAGCAAAGAGACUGGAGUCUGAUGGUUGAUGUUACUCCUGUGCUACCAGAUGAGAUUUCUCAGUACAAAGAGGACUCUGACUCAAAUGAAAAUAAGACCAAUUUUAACCAUGUCCCAUUUUCUUUACCUGAGAAAUUAAUGGACUACAAUCCAAAUCUCAACAGUAGCGUGUCAGUUGAUGAUCUGGAAAUAAAAAGGAUAGUUACAGAGCUUGAGAGUCAGCUGCAAACAGCCAAGCUCAGCAGCCCUCCAACAUUAGACAGUGAGCUUCCAAAACCGUUAACCAUAAGCAAAUUCUCUCCACUGAGACUUGACCCUGACAGUGAAGAAGAGGACAGUAGCUUAGAGAUGAAAUGUUCCUCAGAUAAUCUGCAAAUUGACAGACCAGUAGACUCCCAAUCAGUGCUGUUUUCAGAGUCUGACUUACCAUGGUCUAGUCCACUUCCAUUUGGAUUGAUGUGUGGACAGCAAGGUCUUCAUACGCCAAUGCAUCCCUCCACUAUCAACACACCAACUGAUUCAGAACAUGACCAUUUGGAUGCAAAGAAUAGCAUGGGGCUCACCGUUUUGAACACAGAAAACGGUUCACCUACACAUCUAAACGACAAAACAGGGCCGAAUGACUCCUUAGACAAGUCAGAAGAGAUGCUUGAGCAUGAACUUUACACAGAAAAUCUGAUGAAGAGCUUGGAAGUGAUCUCAGAUUCUUUGUCUUCGGGUUUUACAUCACCUCAGUCAUCUCCUAAUCAAGAGAGUGUGGUUCCUGAGGAAGAUGACAAACAAGACCACUAUGAACAAAAUGAGUCUGAGCAUAUGGAAUCUAGAAACGCAGAAGCAGAGCUCACAAAGUUUUCAGUGGAGAAAAGAACAUUUAUCACAAACACAGCUAAACUAGAAGAGACAACCAGUGACAUUUCUGGAUCAGGCAACCGAACAAAAGCCAGCCUAAAGGAGACUUGUAAUGACACUCUCCACAAUGAAUUAGUAGCUAAUGAACAACAGCUUGCUGAGAGUUCUUUUGAGAGUCCACAAGCUGCAUACUGCAUGAACUCAAAAGAAAUCGACUCAAAGAAAUCUUCAGUCUCCAUAUAUGAAUCCAAGUGUGAGUCCCCUGUCAGCCAAACUGAGAAUGCUGAGUGUGAUACACAGUUUGGAAUUAAAGACUCAAAUUAUGCUAUCCAAAAUCCCGACUUCUCCAAAAUAUUCAACUUCUCAGCAUCCCUUACCAUACCAAAAGAUGAAAACACCCUGUGCGUAGGAGAAACACAGAAAUGUGAUGAAGAUUCAGCUCUAAUUACAAAUCCAGAAUUAAUUUCUGAAGACAAUGGACAUGCAUCUGACAAAAGAGGUGGAACAACAGACUGUCCGUCAAUGACAGACAUCCAACAGCCCAUUUUAAACAUCAAGUCUUCUCAUUGUGAAGACCGCUUAUCAACCCAUUCACAAUUAAAUAAUACACAACAGGUGGUUUCUCCUAAACAUCUUCCUGUAGUUCAAGAUGAACAUGAAUGCACAGCCAGUGUGGAGAGAGACCUGCCUGAUAUGACAUUGUUUUCUGUGCAGUCAGAAUGUGAAGAGAAUCAACAAAAGAACACAGAGCAGAGUUCUAAACUUCUUAUUUUGAAUCAAGAACCAGAGUUUUCCUACAACUCUAUCCAAAGUCCUUCUGCGCUGAAAGAUAAUGGUCCACUACCAAGCACAGUUACCCCAGCACUGAGUAAAAACAGACCAGCCCUGGAAGACAAGAACUCAGAUCAAAUAAAUACUGGCAAGUCAGAUAGUUUUGAUCCAGCAACAACAGAAUUAGAUCAUUCAUUUAAUCCCCAUCUGGAUUUAGUAGAAAUCACAGACAGUGACAUUUCUAGGCCUGGAACCCUGUUGACUGUGGACAAAAUCUCAAAUCAACCUUUUUCUGAAAAUUCUGGGGCAUUGGAUGAUUCUCAAGAUACAGGUGCACCGUAUGAAUUGAAACUCAGCCCCCUAAACUACAGUGAAACAAGUUUUGGUGACUACAACUUCACCUCUAAAUGUUUAAACAAAGACCAACCUGAUGUAAAAUCUAACUCCACAGACAGUUACAUUCUCAAUGUAUGUGCCUUCUCUCUUGAUGAGACAUCAUCAUCCAGCCCAACAUAUAAUGCAAAUGAACAAGAGCCAAAUAUUCAGGGCCAACUGACUAGACUUGAUAUACCCGAAACCUCUAUAAAUAACAACCAAAAUGAUAUCAAAUAUUCAAGCGUCUUAGCUUCCUCCCAUAAUUAUGUUGAGGAAGGCAGUACAAUUGACUCUGAACAAGUCUUAAAACUUAACCAAACUGACGUGAAAGGUACUGUUGAUUACAUGGAUCUGCACCUCAAAUUUCACAAGAAAGCAGAUCCUGAAAAGCUAGACCACCAGAUGAUCACUAGUGAACAUGAUACAAUGCAGAAGUCAACAAUGUUAGACAUCAAAGAGAUACCUAAUCCUCUGAUACACUGUGCAGAACUAGCAUCCAUGGGUCUUACAUUCACAUCUGUCCAAAACGAAGGACCGAGUCUAAAUGAGACAAAAACGUCACCAAAAAAGGGUGGUACACAGAAUGUAGUUCAAGGAAAAUUUCAGUGUGAAAUUUGUGCAAUGUUCUUUCGCUCACAACCUGGACUUAAAAGACAUAAAGCCAUGAAGCAUGUAGUAAAGACUGAAGGGAUUUCUCCCAUUGAAAAUCUAAAUAUGAGCAGUCAAAUGUUCAUGCCCAUUUUAAUGCCACACCCAACAGAAAAGGGACUGAAAGGUUGCAUGGAUGUUAUAAGUCCAGCAGUUCUUUCACCUCCAAACCGAAGUGAAAUCUCAGAUGGACAAGGACAGCAAGCAGAUCCACAUUUGAUCGUUCAAGGGAUUCCAAGGGAUUCUGAUAUGUCAGCUAUCCCAGAAAGUUGUAAUAUUGAUCAGACAGCUUCUCUUAAUGAAAAAGCAAAUAACAGGAACAGCACUUUGGAAAUGUUUGCUCCAAAACCAGAUACAUUUUCAGAUGAAAUACUCAGCACUCGUAAAACCGAUACAUUGCAGGCUAUCUCUGCAGAUUUUCCAUUAAUGGUACAACAAAACUGUCCUAAGUCACCUGAAAAACAGGUCCCAAAUAGCAGUCACAGCUAUCAUGAAGUCAGUGUGAGAGAGGAACAGAAGAGCAUGGCAGUAGCUAUCAGCGGUGAAGAGCAAAAGGAAGAAACAUCUUCUUCCAUAAGGCAUUCUAUAUUGCAUAAGAAAGGAGACACAUAUGACAUUGAUGAUGUUGUGACAAAGUAUUGUGCUAUUACUCCAAAAUGUGUUCAGACAGAAGAUGUACUCUAUCCACUUGGGGAUUCUUCUGUGGCUAUCAAGCAUGAGAACACUUGUUCUCCUGCAGAAGACAGUCAUGCACUUACUGGUACUUUAGGAAUAGGACCUGAUCUCAAGGCUUUCUUUGAUGACGAAAACACUUUUUCUCUAUUAUUCCCAAGAAAUGAUGACAGGAAAAGAAAGAAAUGUGCAAGGGUCUAUGGUAAAAGCAACAAAAAGCAAAAACAACUGUCCUGUUUAAUUUUAGACUGCCCUUCUACUGGUGCCUUUGUUGAUAAGGAUGAGGAGUCUAAAGAAAAUAAUAUGAGGCACAAGUUUAGCACUGACACAAAUGACCCUUGUGAAUGCGAAACCAUUGAGAUGACUCCCAAGAGCUUAGUAAAGUGUUCUAUAGAGAAUGCAUGUCAUUCAAAAGAUGACAUAAUAGAUAGACAAGCUGGUUACGAGGAAAAUGCAGAAACUGGCAUUAAAGUAUUUUUAUGGGGAAAGGAGGGCACAAUUAGACAACCCUUAGGGCAUCUGGAUGAUUUGCAUGAUUGCAUUGUGCCGGAGAACACAGUUCCUCAGGAAGACUGUAAGCCAGUGGUUCCUGCUACAGCCUGCCCUCUCCAAAUGGUCUGUGUUCAAGAAAAUGUCUCUUGUUCGCCAAGCACUGAGAUACCAAACCUUAACACGACAAUUCAACUUCCUGUACCAUUUUUUGAGCCUGAGAGAGAUAUGACUUUGGUAGAGACUAUUACAAGCACAGAACUGAAGGGCCCUGAAAGACCUUGCAAAAAGCCUGUGGAGCGGAAGUGUAGGAAACGAAUUGAAACUGGACUCAAACCUAAGCAUAAGCAGUACAAAUGCAAAGUGUGCUUUACAUGGUUUCUCACUUUAGGUGAGCUCGACUUCCACAAGCUGUCCCACAAUCCAUCACCUCCCCCAACUUGCUAUAUGUGUGUUCAACGCAAGUUUAGCUCACGGGAACAACUUAGGGACCAUCUCAGGGAGAAACAUGCCAAAAACAAAGCAGGUGUCUGGGCUUGUGGCAUGUGCUUGAAAGAAAUUUCAGAUGUCUGGAUGUACAAUGAACACUUGCGUGAGCAUGCCACACAGUUUGCACGAAAAGGCCAGUCUCAGAGCUCCCUCUUGGACAUGCCUGGGUGUUUCAUGCAGGAAAAUGCUGUGAAGAACUUUAUAUCUUCAAUAAUGCAGCAUCGACCCAGCAGAGCUACAAAAGGAGACAUCCUUAAAUCGCCAUCUAAGGAAGAGAAAAGAACCUCUUUAGAUGUUAAUGGACAAGAUUUGAAAAUUCCAGAGGAGUUUGAUUCAACAAGUCUGAAGAUUAAAACGAGUAUUGGGGGAGGAAGUAAACAUUGUGCACUGACAACGCUUGAGGUUCUACCUAAUGCAGAGACUCCUUCCAAAAGUGCUGAGAUGCAUCCUAAUUGCAAAGACCCUUCAAGGGACUGUCACCACUGUGGCAAGCAGUUUCCAAAGCCCUUUAAGCUCCAACGUCACUUAGUUGUUCACAGCUUGCAAAAGAUUUUCCUUUGUCACAAAUGUCCAGUGUCCUACCAAGAUGCAAAGAAGCUUGAAGACCACCUUAAAAAUUAUCACGAGGCGACAGAUGAGCCAGACUCAAAGCAUACCACGCUGUAUACUUGUGAACUCUGUGCCGACGUCAUGCAUGUAAUUAAGAAGUCCUUCAUCUGCAGUACCUGCAACUACACGUUUUCCAAAAAAGAACAGUUUGAUCGUCACAUGGAGAAACAUCUUGCUGGAGGGAACAAGAUCUUCAAAUUCAGGGGAGUCGUGAGACCUUGCAAGCCUUUCAGUUCAAAAGAUGAUAUGUCUGACAUGCCACCAAGCAAGAAAAGGAAGGCAAUGGAGAGCAGCUUAGACAUGACAGCAUCCCAUAUGCAAGGCAUCGCAUCAGUGUUGCCAAUCAUAGAAGACACUGCUCAGAAUAGUAUGGAGGACCAUUCUACUGAAACAAACAAUACCAGUGUGAAAAUUGAAGAUGUAGCUGAGGACUUCCCUGAAGUUGUCAAGGACAUUAUAGAGUGUACAGUGCAAACUGAUUCUGCAGAACAGAGUCUUUCAUCAACAGAGCUGAAGGAAGAGGAUCAAAGCUCUUCUCCAUCUCAUAAAAUCCAAGCGGAUGAUCCCAGGGAAAUCAGUGCAACAGACAAAGAAGCUCUGACAGAAAUUUAUGACGUUAAAAUAGAAGAUGACUGUUGCACAAUUCCAACAACAUUGUUAAAUUCAGAGAUUAACACUGACAUAAUUUCCAGACAAAAUGGAGACAGGGUGGAGACAAACCCUUCAGCAAGCCUUGAAAAUGCAAGUGGACAAGGGGACUCAAGUGUAUCCACCAUUCAAGUGUGCGGUCAAACAGACACAAGUUUACCAAAGCAAGCCAUGCAACGUCUCUCAUCUUGCAGUGACUUUGAAUUCUCAUCUGUGAAGCAGUCUUUAAACGAGACAAGCUAUUUGAAGCAGGAUCAAACAACCGAGACUUUAUUUUCAAUCAACAGAGAUGAGAAUAAAGAUGACAACAGUGAACAGCCGACUACUGGCCAGGCUGAUCACAUAACUAUGGUUAAAUCUGAUGAAACUUUGAAACAUAGUCUUGAAAAUAACCCAAGGUGCCUUGGUACCACUGAUUCUGCACGUCACCCCAACAUCUCUAAAACAUGUGAAGAAAAGGACUCGACCAAACAACAGAAGAAGAGGAAAGAACUUAAGACACCUCUCAGCUCUCAGAGAACACCAUCUCCAACUGCAAGGGAAAAUUUGGGCAUCGACCCAAAAAUCAAAAAGAAGUUCAGACCUAGCAGGUGUGAAAAUAUUGACGGUCAAUGGAAAACCGAUGUUCCCAAUGACUAUCAAGUGCUUACAUCAGUAAAGGAUGACACGGUCAGCAACAAAAUAAUCUCCAGGCAUAAAAUAGGAUCUUCUAAUCUGGGUCUUCACCUAAAAAAAGGUUCGGUAGAUUUCACACAAAAAAAGGUUGAGACCGUACGUCACUUCAACGGAGAUUGCAAAGUGAAAAAGAGCAUUCCAAGUAGACCCAUCCAUUCCCCUUCUUCCAGGGUCUCUACCCUUAACAACUCAUUUAAUAAAUCACGGUCCAAGCCAGGGGUCAGAUCCAUAGAGACUCACUCAUAUCGUACUGCAGAGUCACAAAACAACCUCCUCAGCCAGCUGUUUGGCCAAAGACUAACUAGUUUUAAAAUUCCUUUAAGGAAGGACACUUCUGAAUCUAUUAAUUAAGGAUUAAAUGGAUGCUAUUAAUGAGGAGGUAAUUAAGUGAUCCACUAGGCAUGUUAUUAAGGCAGUUUAUUCAUGAGACUAGGAUUGUAUGCCCCUCCUCUGUGAAAUCAUUUAAUUCCUUGUUUAGUCACUUUAUCGCAUUCCUCUUGUAAAUGUGUAUUUACAUGUAUGUGAAGACCAACAACAACACAAAAGAAAUGUAUGAAUAUAGGAUGAAUUUGUUGGUUACAAAUGAGUUUAUCUUCUCUAUUUUAUAGUGGAGCAUUAUCCCUAAGAGAGUGUAUUUCAUCAACAACAAAGAAAGGUUUUCGUAAAAUCAUUUACUUGAAAUUGAACUGAGAAUAUUUGAGUUCCAAAUAAUGCAUGACACUUUUACAUUACAUGUUCUUGGAUGUUUUCCUAGCAUCAGGACCAAAAGACAUCCUAAGUCUGGAUCGUGUCAAUGUGCCUAUUGUAUAUGCUUCAGAGAAUUACUCCUUCAUACUCUUUUACUUUACUGUAUUGCGAAGACAAUCAUUAGUAUUAGCUUUUGUAUCACUAAUUGGUGCUAUUGUAUUAUAAUUAUUAUUAUUAUUUGUGUAAUGUGAACACAAAGUCUUAUAACUGAAGGGAACAUGUAGCAAUUACAGUCAUCAUUGCUGGUACUCAACAGUUUUAGAGUAAAUGACACAAAAAUACAGUGUAAGAUCAAUCGAAAAAGAAAGGGUUCAUUUGUGUCUUCAUUUGAUGUGUUCAGAGGAGGGCACGGGAAAAGCCUUUUCCAAAACUGAAUUUAGUUUAAUUUCAUCUGUAAUAUGAACUCAGGUGCUAUUAUUGCGCAUGAAACCCUUAGGAAUUCUUCCCAUGCACUGAUGUUACCAUACAAAAACCCCACACAUGAUCUAUAAUGUCCCCCAGUUCUUUAAUUAUUACUAUUUACUAGGACAAAAGGUGCUUUGUCAUGUUUAUAUGUAUCUUGUAUUGUAUAAUAUUGUAGGUUGAUCUAUUCCAGUGCAAUGCAUAAUGUCAAAGUUCUAUUUUAAUAAUGUGCAAAAGAUGAAGAGAAAAAGGAAAACACAAUGCCUACUAAAGGCUUAUGAGUGGAUCACAAAGUGCAUCAUAUAAACUUGUUUAUUAAAAAAAUAUA